AUGGCGCCCCCGGUUUCUGCCGCCCUCGCGGAGACGCUCGAAGGCGUUCAGGAGAAGUUGUGGUGUGCCCUGCCGUCCAUUGUCAAGAUGCGGGCCGAGAUGGCGGCGGCGGCAGCCGCAGAAGCUGCGGAAGCUGCGGAUGCGGCCCGUGAGGCCGUGCCAGAGGCGUCCGCGGAAAAGGACCCCUUCACUUCCGCCGUAAGAGCGGCCUCCGUCCCGCUUUCGGACAUGCGGCAGCUCGUGGAGUUGCUCUUCACGGCGUGCCACCGAAACCCCGCCGCGGAGGACGUGGAGAGGGGCGUCGCGGCUAUUUUGGGCGGCCUGGAGGCGGCGGAGGAGACGCGGUACACGUGGGAGGAUUUCCUUCGUGUAUUGGCGGAGGUGGAGUCCCGCUGGUUGGAGUGGCACGACCCGGAGAAGAAGUGGCUGGCCGUGAGCGAAAAGCACCACGUGAGUGUCCUUAAGGAGUUGGUGGACUGCGUCACGCAAGACGUGGAACCGUUUGCGCUGCUGCCGCGUCAGGAGGUUUUGACGGCGCAGUCAGUCGUGGCACACACCAAAACACUUGUCACGCCAUUUGAGGCCUUUGUGGAGUUUGUGCAGCCCCGCGAGUUCCCCGAGAUUUACGACACCUUGUGGAAGCUGCUUACUCAGCGUGCUGAGGCGGCAGGGGACAGUGAAACCCUGCCUGUGGAGCAAUUCACGGAGUUUUUUAAAUGGUUCUACAUGCAGGUUUUCACCAACGCCGCCGAAGACUCUGCCGCCGUGGCGGCCCGCACAAUGUGGAUCGAACAUUUAAACGCACAGGGCGUGAUGAAGAGGCGAGAUUUCGUAAAGGCAUGCCACCGCAUGUGUCGUAUGUAUACUCCUGAAACGAAGCCCACGCCUUGCCUAGAGGCCUUUUUACGCGCAAGCGUGGCGGCACAGCAGCAACCCGAAAGUGCUCUUGGGAUGACGCUGUUUCGGCAUCGCGAGCCGCCUGCCGCCUUGGCCCGCAUGCUUCUGGACCCGAACGAUUUGUACGUCGCGGAGGAGUUGGACGAGGUCAAACAGGAAAUGGAAUUGUAUGAAACAGACGUUGCCCCGAAUCGUAUUGUUCUCUACGGCAGGCGGGGUGUAGGGAAAACAACGGUGGGAAAGGCGUUGGCAACGCGUUUGAAUUGCAUACACCUCAGUCUCGAGGAGCUCGCCCUGGAGGCGGUUGCCAAGGCGGGUGCGGGGGAUGCACUUGGUGCUGAGCUCUGCAGCUGUGUGGAUCGAGAAACUCCUAUUCCGCUUUCACUGCUGAAGGCGCUUGUGCGUAGGAAGAUCGCAACCGACGAGGUGCUGUACCGCGGAUAUGUAUUUAGUGAUUUUCCCGUAAUCCACGCCGCUGCAGACGCGGAUGCACUAGACUUUGUAAGUGGGUGCGGCAUCCUAGACGUGCUUGUGCCAAACAUUCUCCUACAGCUGAGCUGUGAUGAAAGCUUUUACCCCGAACGCCUUGAGGCCACGUUGGAAGCGCGACGUGCACUGCGUGACGCUGAGCAGCAGCUUCGCAGGGCUGCGGAGGAGGAACGGGAGGAGGAGGAAUCCCGUCGCAGGGCCUCGGUGGAUCGAGUGGAACAGCUGCGGGCGACGAUAAAGCGAUACGAAGAGAUGGCUGCCGCUGAUGCCAGCGCGGUGGAACCGACGGAGUUGGAGGCGAUGAAGUCGGCGGCGGCGGCAGCUGAAAGUGAACUGCUCGAGGCAGUUGCCGCACAGAAGGAGGAAGCAGAGAAGCCAGCCAAAGUCUCCCCCGCGAGUGUUGAACGUGCAAAACAGAUAAAAAGUCUGGUGCUGCGGCGACUUCUCGAGCAGGCCCUCGGGGGAGAGGAGCCAGGCAGAGAGAUAGCCGUAACGGAGCUUCCGUGUUUUCAAGAGAUUGUGGAACGCCUCCAGUUCGUGGGCCGCUGCUUAACGGUGGGCUGCACCUCCUUGGUGGAGGACAUCACCGCUUAUGCUAUGGAGACGCUAGGGCUUCAAGCGUGUGUGCUACCGCGGGAUCUCACCACCGGGCAUGCAACACCACCCCAGCAGCAAGAGGGCGAGGGAGAUGCCAAUUUCGUCCUUGAAAGGGAGAAGGAGAUGGCGCGGGCGGUGGAAGAAGCCGCUAUGGGCAUGGGGGCUUCCUUUUCUACGCGCUGGAAGCGCUUCUGUCCGGUGACGUUUGCGGAGUGUGGGGCUUUGGUGGAGGGAGCGGCGAACUACGGCUGCGUGUUCCGGCAGCGACUGUACCACUUGGCGUCGCAGGCUAAGCUUGCCAAAUUCGCCGCGAACCCCCUGCCGUACCUCCGCCCGACGCCGCUCGACAGGGAGCCUAUUCUGCUUCUCUCCGUCGUGGAUAGACGAGACGCGGUGCAGUGUCUUCCGCCCUCCGCUGCGACGGAGCUCAUCCAGCUGCUUCACCAGCAACUGGAGCUGACGCCAAUGAAGUUUAGCGAGUUUGUUGCCCUCUGGGAGAUGCACCGCAGUCUGAAGGGGUUGCGUGAACAGGCACUCGCCGCACGGGCGAAGUUUGAACUCACGGAGCGAAAACUGCGUGCGGAGCGGCUGAAAAAACGCCGGGCCGCCCAACUAAAGAAGGAGAAAAGGCCCAAGCCACCUCCAAAGGGCAAAAAGGGACGCCUGAGUACAGUGAACAUCGCCCCACCGGAGGAGGAGUUUAACGGUUGGGAGAAGAAGCCCGAGGGACCGGAGACGGCCGCGCUGCGUAUUGAAAAAACGAUUGCUGAGCAACUGACUCGCCGGAAGACAUUUGUUCCGGUUUUGGUGCAUGCCCUUGAAGACAUGUCUGUAGACGCCGUAGAUCAAUUGCUCACGGAGGGCGUGAUACCCGAGCAGGUUAUCGUCUUGGAGUACGAGCGGUCCUCGGAAGAGGACGCGCAAGAGGCAGCCUCGCCGGUAGAGGAGGACGAUGGUGCGGAGAAGGCAACGAAGAAGGAAGAGGUGAAAUUGCCGCAGGAGUUUCUUCUUGAAAAGCUAGAGAAGCACACGCGAAACGGGGCUGGUGAGACGGAGGCUGCGGAAGGUUCCGCGCAAAAGUUUACCAUUCAUCGCCUCAGUGUGAACGACAAGGACGCACGGGUUUUGGCCGGCGAGAUUCUUCAGCUCGUGUGCCCGGGCAUGGCGCCAGUCGAGGGCGGCGUCGUCGAUGAGGCGCUGGGGGAGAUGGAAGAGGAAGAGGCCGAUGCAGAGUUGGACGAGGAGGAAGAGGGUGGCGAAGGCCCUGCGGCGGAGGCGGUUGAUCCCGCUGUACGACCGGGUAAGAGGUUCCUGAACCAAUUUGGUUCACGCCUACAGUACUGUCCAGUGACACUGUACGAGAAGCGGUUACUGCUGUGCGGCAAAAACGAGUUGUGCUUACAGUACCAAGGCAAUUUAUACGUGUUCGCCUCGGAAGAGGCCAGGACGAAGUUUGAAUGCAACCCGUUACGGUACCUUGAGACACCACCUCCAAACACACCGCCCCGUGUGUGGAUCGUGGGAUACACAAAAAGUGGGAGAAAGACGCUUGGGAGAAAGCUCCAUGAGCAGUACAAUGUCCCCUUUUUUACGUACGACCGUCGCUUUUUCGAGCGCUGCAUUGAGGCCGCACGGAAGCCUGGUGGUGAACUCAUUGAUGGUAUCCCCAUCGCUGAGCAGGGCAGUGAGAACUUGCACCUUGUACUUGCCGAGAAGAUUCUGAAGGAGUUGCGGGAUUUUGCCGCCGAACAAGAGAGAGGCAUGAAAUUGCGUGAAGAAGCAGAGGCAGUGAUGGAGCGCCGCGAACGGGAGCGAGAAAAUGAAGAGGAAGAAGAUGAGGAAGAAGAAAAUGAGGAGGCGAUUGACGAGGAGGCGGAGGCGCGGUUGCAAGAACACCUGGAAUUUGAACCCGAGACGGAUGAGGAUCGAGAGAUACGACUCAGUGAGGCCUACUUGAAGAUCGCUAGUUGUGUGACGCGUAUUGAGCCCUUCGAGUCGCAGGGCUACAUUAUGGUCUGCCCGCCGUUUUCGGAGGGCGACAUUGAGGUGCUCUUCACCACCGGGGGUAUUCCGGAGGCGGCGGUGAAGUUGGACCUCUCAGAGGAGCUCUUCUUUGCAUAUAACAAGGCGACUCGCCGGGCCCCACCCGCCGCGGCCGGCGCUUCUGUUGCCGCGACAGAGCCACAGGAGGAAGCUUUGAGAAAAAUGUUAGAAAAGGAACAGCAGAAGAAGGAGCGAGAAUUGCGGAAGUGGCGUCGUCGUCACAUCGGCAGGGAUGACCCUGACACUGAGGAGGAUGAGGAGAAUGAGGAGGGCGCGCCAUCGGCGGAAAGGGGAAACAAUGGGGCCUCCGGGGACGCUGACGAGGAUGAGGACGCCAUCGCGGAGUCGCUUGAAUCUCUUCGAAACAUAGAAAAAGAUGCUCUGACGGAGUUUGAGGAGGCCAUUACGGAACGCUCUGUGAAGUUGGUGGAACUUAGUGGUGAUCUUUCUCCAAACGCCGUGUUUCGUGCUACCACUCGUCAGCUGUUCAGAUUUCUAGAGCAUCGCCGUUCUCUGUUAUACGCUGCAGAAGUUAUUCGCUUUGACGACGCCGUGAAAAUGCUGGAGUCUGGCAGGGCACUUCUUUCAUAUUUUGGAUACACCGACCCGGUUGCCUUGUACGACGAACGACAUGGGGUGAGGCGUGUGUGUAAGUGGAUGACAAACAGCACUACUUUGGCGCCAGAACAGUGCACUGAAGCGGCAGCAGUGCCCGCGGACGCAGCUAACGAGGGCAGAGAGGCAAAUAGUGAAGAAGAGAGGGAAGAGGCCGGCGUCGAAGAGGGCCAGACACCGUUUGAGAGAGACCCGGCAUCAGGCGAGGACAUGGACGACGAGGAAAUGAGUGAGCAUGACGACGAGGAAAUGGAGGAGAUACGCGAAACUUAUGAACGAAGAAAACGGCGGGAUUGGCUUCGUCGAUGUCAACGAGUAGCCCUUCUUUGUGGUCGGCUGUACUUUUUUGACAAUGACGAGUCUCUUCUGCGAUACCUGCGUGAUCCAUUGUUGUUUGUGCAGCAACCCCCACCACUGCCUCAACCCCUGAGUAAGCCUGUUGUUUCCGUCUACGAUAACGCCCGCAUAUUACGUCAUCAGGAGGGUGUAAAGCAGCGAUGCACGGCGAAUCACAUCGCCUUUAACCUGAAUUACCUAUUUGUUUCGCUUCCAAAGCUUCUUUCCUGGGCCGCGGUGCACGCUCCUCUGCUUUCCCUUUCACGGCGUACUAUUGAUGCUGUUAUUGCUGGCUCAGUCGAUGAUGGGUUUGUUGCAGAAUUGCUGGUGCAUCGUCUCAGCGCCGGGGACGCUAAGCGGAGAGGUGUGGUGCUGUUUAACCUGCCAAGGACACCCGAGCAGUACAAACUCCCGGGAGGGCGGGAGUUGCGGGUAGACAAGGUUUUUAAGUUUGAGAAAGCAAGAUAUACGGAUGUGACGGCGCUGAUGACCGCCACGGCCACAGUCGCUGUCUCUUCCUCAACUCCUCCAGAUACCAUCGCUGCCCUUGCGGAGAUCACAGAGUGCGUUGACGCCUUUGUUAGGAAUGAAGGCCGUGCGUUGUUGAGCUCCAGCAGAGGGUUCCCAAUGAGCAUGGACAACACGUAUCAUACGACGGCGAACAUUGAGAGCCAUCUCUCGUCGUAUCAAUGGUUCUGUCCCUACAGCUGGUUUUUGCAUGAGCUUUUGGUGGACCAGCGUGAGAGCCGUCGCUACGGUGCCAAGUUUCUUGGUAAGUACUACUUCUUCUCUUCGGACGAAUACUUACAACGCUUCCUGCGCAAUCCCGGAGAGCUGUCUGCCCCACCGGGGCUGAGGCCUUUACCGAGUGCCCUUCCGUCGCGAAUGCCGCCCAGCACGGAGUAUUCUUUGGAAUUACUCGGGUGUUGCCCAGUGACGUUGUGGGACACGCGGGAAAAGAAGGGACUGCGCGGAGUGUUGGAGCCUGUUGCCAAGAAAGGGGACCCAAGUUGUGUUGUGGAGUACGAGGGUCGAUAUUACGCACUGCUCGAUGAGGCCGCGUUAAAGCGUUUCUUGAUGCGUCCGUGGACGUUUCUUGCCGGGGCGUUUUUGCCACCUUCUCGCAAGGCGCCACUGCCCGAGGGACAGACCCUGCCGACAAUUGAGGAGGAAACGUUUAUGCGUCGUGUGCUCUAUGAUCCUGUCGCCUACGCCUUAAUCGCAGUGGCGGAAGCGCGGCCGAAGUACCCUGGUCUGUCCUUGGAGGAAUCCGCCUUGAAGUUUGUGGCGCUGCACAUGAAGUGUUUUAACAGCAAUAAUACUCCCAUCCAAGCGGAAAAGUACAAGGAGAACUACGAGGCAUUUCGGAAGCGUGCGAUGCUGUACAGAUCCAUGACGGAGGUCUCCGAGGGCGAGGUCCACGACG